AUGAGGAGAGCAGGCUUACAAAGUCCUUAUUUUUCAAAUAGCUGGUAUGAAGGCCAAUAUCUCUACAGACAUGUGAUGCUGCCAAGAGAACUUUCAAAACAAGUGCCCAAAUCCCAUCUAAUGUCUGAAGAGGAGUGGAGACGACUUGGUGUUCAGCAAAGUCUUGGUUGGGUUCACUAUAUGAUCCAUGAGCCAGAACCACAUAUUCUUCUCUUCAGAAGACCUCUUCCAAAGGAUGAGCAGAAAUGA